AUGCUACUCCUGGUGCUGGCAUUGCUUGCGGUUCUCUUCCCAGCUGGUGACACUCAGAAUGUCUUUCCAGGGCCAGUUUCCCUCCAUGCCAUCCAAAUCUCAUCAUUUUUCAACAGUACCUGGGCACAAAAUGAAGGCUCAGGCUGGUUGGGAGAUGUGCAGAUUGAUGGUUGGAAUAGUGACUCAGGCACUAUCAUAUUCCGGAAAACCUGGUCUAAAGGCAACUUCAGCAAUGAUGAGGUUUUGGAGUUGGAAGAGAUAUUUCAAGUCUACUUCUUAGGAUUCAUCAGAGAAAUCCAGGAACUUGUCAGUGAUUUCCAGAUGGAAUACCCCUUUGAGAUCCAGGUCAUCGCAGGCUGUGAGUUGCAUAAUAGAGGAGCCAUUGAUUAUUUCCUGAGGGGAGCUUUAGAGGGACUGGAUUUCCUGAGCAUCAAGAAUUAUUCAUGUUGGCCUGCCCCAGAAGGUGGUUCCAGAGCACAAAAAUUCUGUACAUUACUAUUAAAGUACAAAGGAAUCUGUGAUACUGUGGAAAGUCUCCUCACAAAAACUUGUCCCAGAUAUCUGAUGAGUGUCCUAGAAGCAGGGAAGGCAGAUCUGCAGAAGCAAAUGAAGCCUGAGGCCUGGCUGUCCCAGGGACCCAGCCCUGGGCCUGGCCAUCUUCACCUGGUGUGUCAUGUCUCUGGCUUCUACCCAAAGCCUGUAUGGGUGAUGUGGAUGCGAGUUGAGCAGGAGCUGCCUGAAACUCAGAGAGGGGACGUCCUUCCCAAUGCCGAUGACACAUGGUAUCACCGAGUGACCCUGGAUGUUGCAGCUGAGGAGGCUGCUGGGCUGUGUUGCCGAGUGAAGCACAGCAGCCUGGGAGAGCAGGACAUCAUCCUCCACUGGGGACACUCCAUCUCCAUUGGCUGGAUCAUUUUGGCAGUACUAGUGACUUGCUUGAUUGUUUUGGUGUUAUUUGUAUUGUGGUUUUUUAGGCGCUGGUCAUAUCAGGAUAUCUUGUGA